AUGUGGCCGUAUUUGCUGCCAUUGGCAUUUCUCUGCGCUGCGAAGAAAGCACGGCCACCCACCUUGGCCCCAGGUGAUGGCAGGAAACGCGAUUGGCCUGCUAUUGCUGGUCACUUAGAAAUGGAGUGGCUCAACGAGUCGCCUGACUGUGACCGUGGUGCUAGCCGUGAUGGUGAUGUGGUCGCUUUCAAACACAAAGGCUUUAUCGCGGAGUUGCCCAGUGGCAAAACAACGGAUGGCAAGGGGCGACCAUUGCAGGUGGGUUUGCAGAUGGAUUCCAACAUUGACCCAGAAACAAAGGAGGAUAAACCAUUGGAAUUUACUCUGGGAAGCCCUCGACUCAUUGUCGGUAUGGAAGCAGUACUUCGACAAAUGUGCGAGGGAGAAAAGGUCCGGGCAAAGAUUCCUGGGGCCUUGGCGUACAACACCCGAGCGGGCUUCUUACCCUAUGACACUGCAGUGCUCUAUGAGAUGGAGAUGGUUUCGAUCACACGAGGUGACGGCACGAUACCAGUCGAAACAGUCGAAAAACCCACCAGCACUCCUGCAGCAGGUGAAUCUAACUGGUCCUUGGCGCUCGUUCUGAUCCUUUUGCUGGGCAUGGUGGCAGGUGGUUUCUUUUACCUGCGCGCGCCAAAGACUGAGAAGGUCAAGGGGAAGGACGCCAAAAAGGAUGGCAAGAAGAAGCGCUGA